CAGGGCCGGACACUACACUACCAUUUUUCCUUUCGCAGCGUCCCGUCUGUCUGUCUGUCUGCCUCCCUCCGCUCACCUCCUCUGCUUCUUCUCGCUUUCUUCCAUCUUGGUCCAGCCUCCACUCUUCCUGCUGAGCCAUGGCGGCUGCCGAAGAAGGGCCAGAGCCACUCAGGUAUCAGACUCUGGCCCUGAGGGUGAGCAUCCACUGCGAGGGUUGCAAGAAGAAGGUGAAGAAGGUGCUCCACAGCAUAGAAGGGGUGUACAAGACGGACAUAGACACGCAGCAGCAGAAGGUGGUGGUCAUAGGCAACGUCUCUGCAGACGCGCUCGUCAAGAAGCUCCUCAAGUCCGGGAAGCACGCGGAGCCGUGGCCGGAGCCUGCUCCAGCCCCACCGGCCGCCGACAGCCCGCCCGGGCCCGACGGAUCUCCCGGCAGCGCAGGCAAGAAGAAGAAAAAGAAGAAGGGCAACAAGAGCCCCGAGGCGGCGAACAACAAGCCCGCCGAUCCGGCGCCAGCGCCCGCGCCCGCGCCGGCGGAGGGCAACGGCGGACCCAACCCCCCGGAGCAGCACGACAAGGCUGACGGCGGCGCCUCGUGCGAUGAGGCAUCGGAUGGUGAGCAGGAUAAGCCUGAGGCUGGCGGUGGCGGCGGCAACGGCUCCCCUGACGCCGGAGAAGCCAACGAGGGCGGCAAGGUGGCCCCUUCCGCCAUGACGCCGCACGGCCCGCAGCCCAUCGCGGCUGCCACCAACAGCAAUGGUGGUGGUGGUGGUGGCGGCGGCGGCGGCAAGAAGAAAGGCAAGAAAGGUGGCCACGGCAAUGCCAACAGAGACGGCGCCGGGCCAAUCGUCGAGGUCCAGCCCCCGCCGGACGCACCCACGAAGCCGGCCGCCGGCAACUCCGGCCCUCUCACUGUCAUCGACGCGGGACCGUACCCACCACCGGCAGCGGCGGCGAUGAGCUACCCAGGGUACUACGCCGCCGGGGUCCACCCGCCGGCGUACGUCAUGAGCUACAGCACGGCGCACCCGAGCUCUGCGCUCCGGAGCAGCGCGUACUACCACCCGAUGGCCGGUGCGCCGUACACACCAGGGAGCGGCGGCGGGUACUUCUACUCGACGGCGCCGGCGCCGGCGCCGGCGGCGCCCGGAUCGUACUACAUGUUCAGCGAGGAGAACGCCAACGCAUGCAGCGUCAUGUGAGAAGAUUAGACGGUUAAUAAUCAACUCAACUCAAUUAUUAACUGCAAGAAGAUGUUGCAGAGAGUGGAUGUGCUAGUCAUUAUGCUCUUGUUGUGCCCAAGAACUGGUUGUCAUUGCAACGUUAUUUUGCUGUAUCUGCAAAAUACAUGGAUUUUGAUUUUGGAUGUGUUAUUAGUUUAUACAUUAUAGUAGUUUACUACUAUAUAUGAACUGAAGCAUC